CGUCUGGGGACGAAGUUGUCUCAAAACAUUCUCGGAAAAUUUUUUAUGUGCUCGUACAUGGAUUCAAAGGCGGAGAGCAUUCAAAAUGGCGACUUUAGAAGAAGCAGUAGAAAAUGUUCGUCGCCUAGAAAAUCUAACUUUGAACAACGAUGAACAGCCAAACAUUGAAGCACCACCAGCUUCAAUUACGUAUACUUGUGAUUUUGAUACUAAUUUUGGAGAUAAGGAAGGGUUUAUUACUGGCAUCAGCCGUUAUAUGGAAGAAGCAGGAAUUCAUCAACAAAUGAAUGAACUUUUGGAAGAUGGAGAAAAAUAUGCAUCAAUGUUAUAUACUUGGAGAUGUUUGUCAAGAGCUGUGCCAACGGCAAAAAGUGAUGAGCAAGCAAACAGAAGUGAAAUGUACCAGUGUACACUUGAUGUCAUGAGACCUCACAUACAGAAGCUAAAAGAUUUUAUGUAUUUUCAUGAGAAAGCCAUUACAUCAUUCUGUGCUGAAGUAAAAAGGCUUUGUCAUCCUGAACGUAGAAAAGACUUUGUUUCAGAAACUCACCUGCUGGCAAUGGGAAAAAUUAUAAAUAUGUUUGCUGUUCUUGGCUCGCUAAAGAACAUGAAAGCUUGUUUGAACAAUGAUUUUGCUUUUUACAAGAGAGCUGAAACAUUUUUAAAGCAAACCACAGGAGAUGAAAAAGCCAUGAUUGAGUCGCAAAACCUGACCAUGUUUCUCGCAACACAUGAUAUAAUAACAACAAAAUUAAAAACCUCCCUUGAAGGGAUAGAAGCUGCAGAUGAACUUUUGGCUGAUGUAGUGCAGUUGUGUUGCAACUUCUAUGAAUCCAAAAUGUAUGUCUUGCCCAAAGAGAAGCAUUUACUUUUAAAGGUGAUAGGAUUUACCUUGUUUUUAUUGGAUGGAAAAAAUUCAAACAUUAACAAGCUUGAUCAACGCAAAAGAAUUAGCAUCAGCAAAAUUGAUAAAUUUUUUAAGCAACUACCUGUCGUGCCACUUUUUGGAGAUAUGCAAAUCUCUUUAAUAUCAUACAUUAAAAGUUGUCCCCAUUUUGAUUCUUCUCGAUGGAGUUGUACUUCAGAUAAUGCAGAAGAGAAAAUUGGGGUGACACAGUACAAUUUGACAGGAAAGAUUGAAUGGUUACAAGAGGAACAUUUAAAAUUUAUGUGUGAACUUUCCAGAACAAACAAUGAGUGUCAGGACAAAUUAUCUGCUAAUUAUAACCCACAGUUUGGAAACAAUAAUACCAAAAAAGUUCUAUCGCCUGAUGAAUGUCGGAGUUUAAGUGAUCUGGCUCUUCGAGGAUUACGAUUAAUUUCUAAUUGGAAUGCACAAGUGAUGGAGCUUUUCUACUGGAAACUGUUGCAUCUUACUGAUAAAUAUUCCAACCCCUCACUACCUGACAAUGCAGAGGAGUAUGAAAGGGCUACCAGGUACAAUUAUGACAGCAAUGAAAAAUUUGCUUUAGUUCAAGUUAUAAGCAUGAUCAAGGGUUUAUCUGGGGCAUUGUCAAGACUUGAAUCAGUGUUUGCCAGUGCCAUUCGUCAUUUUAUUCAUGCUGAAUUACAAGAAUUUAUUCAAAUAACAAUGCGAGAACCUCUACGUAAAGCAGCUAAAAAUUCAAAAAAAACUUUAAUGAAAACAGUAAUCGUGGCAGCGAGGGAAACAGCAAUCGAUUUGUCAAAAAGUGCAAAAGAAGAUCCGGCUAUACGUGGAGAAAAAGACCCCAAAACAGGCUUUCAUAUUGAUAUACCAACCCGACCUGUUGGGCCAUCUAGUACCCAACUCUACAUGUUAAGGACAAUGUUAGAAUCUUUGACAUCAGAGAAAUCAGGCAAAGGAACAAAAUCAUUCAGAAAGGACUUAGAUGCAACAACAUUGACAUGUAUUGACACGUUUUUAAGAAGUUCAUAUUUUUAUCCCUACCUACUUAAAUUUAGCGAGGUGUUACGUGAAUGUAGUGACCUCUCUCAACUUUGGUAUCGGGAGUUUUUCUUAGAAUUGACAAUGGGAAAAAGAAUCCAGUUUCCAAUAGAAAUGUCAAUGCCCUGGAUUUUGACAGAUCAUAUACUGAAGGCUCGUGAUGCAGCGAUGAUGGAAUAUGUAUUGUUACCACUGGAUCUUUAUAACGACAGUGCGGAUUGUGCACUUAAUAAAUUUAAAAAACAAUUUUUGUACGAUGAAAUUGAAGCAGAGGUGAAUCUUUGUUUUGAUCAGUUUGUGUUUACACUGAGCGAAGAUAUUUAUUCACAAUACAAACAAGUUGCAUCCAGCAUGCUGUUAGAUAAAAAGUUCCGUUCUGAGCUAGAGAGGCGAUAUAUUGAAGAGAAACGCCCUAUGCCAGCCGAAGGUAUCAUUCCGUUUCCACCAACAAACCGAUUUGAAACUUUGAUGAAUCAAAGACAUGUUCAACUUCUUGGAAGAUCUGUAGAUUUAAACAAAAUUAUCGAACAACGAUUGACAGCAUCUUUAAGAAAAUCAUUAGAUUAUGCAAUUAGUAAAUUCGAAAGUGAACCACUGUGCAAUAUAGUUGAACUUGAAACGUUGGUUGAGAUUUGCAGGCUGACACAUGAAUUAAUUUCGAAACAUGUAAAAUUACCAAGUUUUGACUCAAUGUUACGCGAAGCUAAUCACUCUGUAUCUGCACCAUAUGGAAGAAUAACGCUCCAUGUAUUUUGGGAAUUAUACUACGAUUUUUUGCCAAAUUACUGUUACAAUUCUGCAACUAACAGGUUUACUCGAACAACUUUAUCAUUUGUCAGUGAAGUGGCACGUGAUCCUGCACCAAAGACAUCACAUGCUCAUUUCUAUGGCAACAAGGACUUGCAUAGUGCAUAUGCAAGCUUAUUCUCAUUGUAUGAAAAUUUUGUUGGGCCAGAGCACUUCAGUUGUAUCGUUCACCUUCUCAGUUAUCAAGGAAUCGCAGUCGUGAUAGAAGAAUUGCUAAAAAUUGUCAAAAGUUUGUUUAAAGGCACAAUCCAACAAUAUGUCAAAGUCUUGAUGGAUGGCAUGCCAAGUAAAUGUGGUCUACCUAGAUUUGAAUAUGGAUCAGCAGGCGUUUUGGAGUUUUACAAUGCAAAUUUGGAAUCCAUUAUGCAGUACCGUGAUUUGAAAACCGAAGUUUUUCAGGCGUUUCGAGAAGUUGGAAACAUCAUAAUAUUCUGUCUUCAAGUAGAGGAACUAAUGACGCAAGAUGAAAUUGCUGAUUUAUUACAUGCUGCUCCGUUUCAAGGAAUAAUACCCAGACCCUACGUGAAAGAUAAAGAUUCUGUUGAAGCAAAAAUGAAGAGAUUGGAAGCGCAAUACGCAGCUUUUCAGAUUGCUUCACUAGUAAACAGAUACGGCGUAGAUCAGCAACGUCAAAACAGUGAAGAGUCAGACGUGUUGACAAGAGAAAGGUUGUGUUGUGGCUUAUCUAUCUUCGAAGUAGUUUUACGUCGUAUUCAAUCGUUUCUUACUGAUGACGUGUGGAAGGAGCCGACACCUUCGAACGGUGUGAUGAGUAUCGAAGAGUGCAACGAAUUUCAUCGACUAUGGAGUGCUAUUCAGUUCAUUUAUUGCAAACCACUUGGAACCAAUGAGAUUACCGUGGAGGAAACGUUUGGAGAGAGUUUAAACUGGGCAGGUUGCACAAUCAUUGUGUUGCUUGGACAAGAAAACAGAUUUGAUGCGUUGGACUUUUGCUCGCAUAUUUUACGAGUGCAAGAAGUUGACGCCAGACAAGAAGUUGUAGCCGGCGUGGAUUUAAAAAGAUUGGUUGCUCGCAUACACGAAUACCGAACAUUGAAUAAAAACAUAAUGGCUGUUUUAAAACGGUAUUUAAAAUCAGGCGACUCCUCAGUGGAACAUGUGAGAUGCUUUCAACCACCCAUCCACCAAGCGCACAUGUCUUCUGUCUGAUAAAUUUUCAUUAAGCUAUGUACAGGGUGUAAAGUUCUCAUCUUAAUUUUACGUCUCCGGAAACUCUACCGAGCUUUUUCGCAAAAUUUCGUAUAACUUUCGUUGAAUCUUCGUGAAGUUUGGUAUAAUCGUUGUGUAAAUCUCUUGUAAAAAAAAGUUUUACUUCUUAUUUUUGAAUUCGGCAGAAAGAAUUUAUGAAAAGAUAUAAUAGGAAACGUUACUCCUUUAAGAUGUAGAAUAUAUGUUUGUCAAAAACAGCAGAUACGUGAAAUUUCAGGCAUCUGCUGUGUUUUCACGUUAAGCAAAAAAAAAAUGUGUAGAAAUUAAGAUCCUGAUAACUAGGGAAAAACCAGUACUAUGUUUAUAAUCUCGACUAAUAUUUUCUAAUUUUUUCAAGUUGAAAAGUCAUUUUACAUGGUUAGGUUUUUUGUAUAUAAAACAAUUCACGUGAUUUUUUUUGGCGUAUUAUCUCGAUCUAUCUUUUUACUCUAUAUUUAUGUGCGAAAUUUAGACAAAUUUGUCACUUGCACUAAUCCGCUGAGCUGAAGUUUCGAGGCAAAUAUUUGUGUGUCGCGAAAACUUUAAAUCAAUAUAUGUAUAGAUUGACUAUGUAGCGAAGUCUUAUUUUUUAAUCCAACUCCUCGAAAGAAUUUCUUUGCACUGGCAUAAUAUUAUCUUCAUCCGUUUUCCCGUUUUUACUGUUUGUUGUCACCCUGAAACCCGUAUUUGCUCAUCACUAUCCGACAUAAUGUUUUGUCAUAUCUGUGGAGUUAAAUCACACGUGGAUACAUGAUUCCGUCAACAUUUAAUAUGUGCGUGACGUGGUAAUUUCCCUGGUUAAUUGUAAUUAAUCUAUUUCUUUAUAUUCUGUUACAUUAUUUGUAUAUUUUUAUAAUAUUUUAUAAUACCAAGCAUGUGUACCCUAAAUUUCAUGCAGUAGAUGAAGCAGUAAAAGGAA